AUGGACUCUUUCCCAUCUAAACCACAAAUCUAUACAGAUGCCUCCAAAACAAACUCAGGUGUCGCGAUCGCUAUCAUAAACGGAGAGCAAUCCAUAUCGUACAAAUUACCAGACCAUAAUAGUAUAUAUACGGCAGAAUACUUUGCACUCCUGGAAGGAGUCCACCUAGCCAUUCAACUACCCGAUUCCACCAUUAAGAUUUGUACAGAUUCGCUCAGCGCUCUAAACAAUCUGAAAUAUAAUUUACACUCAAGCAUCCUAGCAAUCAAAAUAAGCAACAUCAUUGAAAAAGCCAACAAGAACAUACGGUUCAUAUGGACACCUGGCCAUUGUGGAAUUGAUGGCAAUGAGAAAGCUGACAAAGUAGCUCGUGAAGCAGUAAAUAACCCUCUGACCGAAAUACGCACGUACUCCUCACUCAUCGACAUCCAUAGGAAUGUCAACACCUUUUGUACUAAUUUAUGGGAAUCUGAAUGGCGUCGUACACCCAAUAACAAACUGAGAGAAAUAAAAAAUAUUACUGAAUACUGGCCUAAGCCCCAUACAUCAAAUCGCAAAGAUGAAGUAUAG